AUGGAAAGAGAUUUUCUGGGUUUGAGUGACAAGCAGUACAUGAGUAACGUUAAGCAUGAGGUUGACGAUGAUCGUGUCGGAGAAAGAGGUUUGAGCAAGAACGCAGCUAGACAAUGGGGAAAGGCAAAGCUCUUGCCUAAUUCUAAUUUCAUGUCUGCUACAGAUUUUCAGGAGUCUAAGGCGUUUCCGGGCUCAUACCAGUGGGGCUCAGUUUCUGCGGCCAACAUUCUUCGUAGAGGCCAAUUUGGUGGUGCGUUUCAGAACGCGAAUCCGCUUUUACUUGGCGGAUCCGUUCCUUUGACAAAUUAUUCUUCUCACCGUCCUGCCUUUAAUUGUCCGGCGGAUCCACGAGUGGCUUCUUCAGGAACAUCUCCUCAGCUCACAAUCUUCUAUGGUGGAACUGUUAGCGUCUUCAAUGACAUAUCUCCGGAAAAGGCUCAAGCCAUCAUGCUAUGUGCCGGGAACGGUUUGAAAGGUGAAACCGGAGAUAGCAGUUUGAAGAAACAACCGGUUCAAGAAGCUGAAAGAGUCUAUGGAAAACAAAUCCAUAACGGUGCAUCAUCAACCUCUGCCACUCACUUUGAUAGUUUUUCUAGGUGUAUAGACAACAACCCUGUUGCUGCCACUAAUGCAAUGAGCAUGAUAGAAUCAUUCAAUGCUGGUCCUAGAAAUAUGAUCCCUUCAGUUCCUCAAGCUCGGAAGGCAUCUUUGGCUAGGUUCUUAGAGAAGCGCAAAGAGAGGCUCAUGAGUGCAAUGCCAUACAAGAAGAUGCUUCUUGAUUUGUCUCCCGAAGAUUCGUCUGCUUCUCAUACCUAA